CAGGUCUCGCUCUCUUGCAGUUGCUUGGUGCGGACGGAGCGGCGUAAUUCAGGUACCGUAAUUCUCCAUCUCCUUUGCGCGCGCCGGCGGAAAAAGUUCCCCAGACCUCCGACUCCUGGACGGCGGGACGUGGAGCUGGGAAAGCGCGCUCUGAGCAUCACUCGGGCAGGUUUGGCGGCAGAGGCAGAAAGGCAGAUGAACCAAUGUCCCAAACACUAAGCAAGAGGUAGCAUCCAGAGGCGUGAGCCGAUCUCACAAAAUGCGAAGCACGUGAACAACUCCGCUGGGUUAAAGCCAACAUUAAGUACACACACGUAAAUGGAAGAUCUGGAGACACGCAAGGCACGUCGCAUAGAGCAGAUGGUAGCCAAAUGGCUGCGGCGGUCACGGGAUCAUGCAGCCAGGGGGAGAGCAUCAGUGGGUGACAAAGCAUCGGACAGCACUAACCAGCCUCCAACUCGUGUGAAGCUCACAGUGGAGGUCCAAAAAGAUGUGCUGCUUGGACAUUAUGGCUUUGAAGUUUCCCAGCAUCUUCCCCUUCUUAUCACCUCGGUUGCUGCAGGCAGCACCGCUGACGGGAAGCUUUUGCCGGGGGAUCACAUCAUUGCAAUAAACAACGAAGCAGCUGAAGGGGACGUUACCGGGGAACAAGCAGCCGCUCUUUUAAGAGAAUCAGAAGACUCUCUCCAGUUUACAGUUCUCCGUUGCACCUCGGGUGGCCCUAAAUCCUCCUUUCUUACAGCCGAGAAAAGAGCCAGGCUAAAGACAAAUCCCGUCAAAGUCCGCUUUGCAGAAGAAGUAGUCGUGAACGGACAUACUCAGGGAAGUUCUCUGCUGUGUAUGCCCAACGUUCUCAAGGUGUAUCUGGAAAACGGACAGACGAAAGCUUUCAAGUUUGACUCGAGCACUACUGUCAAGGACAUUGUUCUCACCUUGAAAGAGAAGCUCUCCAUUCGGAGCAUUGGUUAUUUUGCCUUGGUCUUGGAAGAGCAGUACAAUGUGUUGAAGAUGUAUCUUCUGCAUGAGGAUGAACUCAUCGGACAGGUAGUUCAGAGGAAAGAGUGUCAUGAUUACCGGUGCCUCUUCAGAGUCUGCUUUAUACCCAAGGACCCACUGGAUCUGUUGCAGCAAGAUCCAGUUGCCUUUGAGUAUCUCUAUUUGCAGAGUUGCAGUGAUGUGCUUCAGGAGAGAUUUGCUGUCGAGAUGAAGUGCAGCGUUGCUUUACGGCUGGCUGCACUGCACAUCCAAGAGCGGAUUAUCGCCUGUGCUCAGCCACAGAAAGUCUCUCUGAAAUAUAUAGAGAAGGACUGGGGAAUCGAAAACUUUAUUUCCCCAACUCUGCUCCGAAACAUGAAAGGCAAAGACAUCAAAAAGGCCAUUAGCUUUCACAUGAAGAGGAAUCAACUCUUGCUGGAUCCCAGGCAAAAGCACCUUCUCUCAGCAGCACAUGUGCGUCUGUGUUAUCUGCAGAUCCUGGGGGAUCUGAAACUCUAUGGAGGAAAGAUCUUCAAUGCCACUCUAAUGUUGCAGGACAGAGAAUCAUGUGUGGCCCUCCUGGUGGGAGCCAAAUAUGGAAUCAGCCAAGUGGUUAAUAACAAACUGAACAUUGUCACCAUGCUGGCAGAAUUUGCGAACAUUAGCAGACUGGAGCUGACCGAAGAAUCCGACAAAGUGAGCAUGGUGAAAAUCUACCUCCAAGAUAUCAAGCUGCUAACUCUUCUGCUGGAAACGAACAACGCCAAAGACCUGGCUUGUCUCAUCCAUGGCUACUACAGGCUGUUUGUCGAUUCGAGCAGUUCCAUAUUUGUCUGGGGGGAGAAAAAGCCUCCGGUGCAUCGUAUCUCCGCCGAGGAAGGGUAUGAGUCGAGGACCUGCAGUGAUUCCGAAGAGUCGUCUGAGCCGGACUCCUCCUUGGACCGUUUUCCAGACACGCAGUCACCCCGGCACAGCCAUAUCAGCCCCCUACUUGAGGACGAAGGAGAGCAGGAGGCGCUGCACCAAGAAAGGAAGGAUCUGGAGGGCAAAGGGACGAGCUUUUGCAACGGGUACGACAACACAAACGACAGCUUGUCGGAGGCCUCUGACUCGGCCAACACAGAGAGUCGGGGGUUGAAGACCAGCGGUUCAAGUGACUCUCUGGACGCUCUCGAGGAGGACGAUUUCGAAACGUGCUCCUCGAGCAAGCCAGAGUUUUUCCACCUGUAUGCCCCCACCCUUCAGGAACUGAUGGGCAACAGCAAGGCCUUCUUGGGUGCAGACAGAGAAGAGGGAAACCGAGCGACGCAGGAGUCUUUGUUCUCCUUCCUCCUGCCACCGCAGGCGUCCAAUCCAGCGCUUGCACAGCCGGACGGAGAAAUCCGAAGGGAAAGUGACCUGCCCGCUUCUGCUCUAGAGUCCAAGCUGUCGGAGAGCAACAUCAUGGAGUACUACAGCCUUUGUGCCAACAUUUCCCCGACCAGCAGCGGAGAGAAGACCACACAGAGCGACAGCCCAGAGGGUGGAUCUUUGAACGGCCCCGAGGAAGACGAGCAGCUCUGCGGAGGUGGCAUGCGGGGCUUUAUCUUGGCUCCUCCCCCCGGCUUCGGAGAUGCCAGUUCAGAUGAGGAAUUCUACGACGCAGAAGAAAGGGUGACACAGGGAAAAGCGCAAGCAGGUUCUGCAGGCCCGGCCCUGCCAAAUGUACAAGACUGCGGCACCCUGAAAGUUUCGACCAGCUGCAGCUUGGGUGAAAAUGUUCUGUCAAGGCAAAGCAGGAGGACAAAACACAGGCCAGAAAAAGAGCCAAGGUGUGGCAACAACAGCCUGAGAAAGAGGAGGUCUUUCCUGCAGACAAAUUACACCUCCCAAGUUACUUUCCCUCAAGCUCCAACUCAGUCCCUGGAAAACAUUGAUCAGUUGUCCUGUGAAGGAGAACAUGGGUCUUCAGGUCUUUCUUCCUCACCCGUUGUGGCCUCCCUGGGGGACCCUGAGAGAGAUUCUGCUCUUUUUGAGGUCGAACAGAUAGCUCAGAUAGCCAAAAAUACACCUGUCUUAAUGGAGAUGGAGCCCGAUUCACUAGAAACCAAGUCAUUAACUGAUUCAGUUGUGUGUCCUGUCUUGGCCAUUCGUCUCCAGGGUGCUCAGGAAGGGAUAGAGAGUUCAGAUUUUGCCCGUAGCUCUUUCUCCACAGUGAAGCAAGACGGUAGUUUAGCUGUGUCAGAAAUCUCUUUUCACGACCUUGACACCACUUACAAAGAAAAACCAGAAGGUCUUACAGAAACAGCUAGCAGAGUUCAGGACCAUUGUGUCUCUGGAGGAAAUAAAAUAUCUGGCAAUGCAGCAGGGACAGCAAAAGUCUCACGUGAAGCAGGAGGAGUUAGCUACGUAUUGAUUGAGGAGAUAAUACACACCACUACCAAACCCUCCGGGUCUCUGAACAGCUACCAAGGGAAAGUGUCUCCUUGUGUGCCAACCUCAGAACAGGAUCUCCUUCCUACUGAGAAGGUGGAGAAAUACGAGCAGCUUGUGCUAGGUCCCUGCAAAAGAAUCAAAGGUGACCUGGCCUCACGUGGCUCAAGCCAGGCACAUGGAGGCUUAUUGCUCCAAGAAGACACCAGCAAAACGCUGGGUGAAGGCUCUGUAGCAACAUCUGAAGAUGCCAAAUGGCUGGGUUUCGCAAAUGAACUCCUUUCCAAGUGUGAUGGAACUUCAGGGAUCAAGACACACCACUCUCAGCUUGGUUUUAGUUCAGUGGGAGGACAAAGAGAAACACAGCAGCAGGUAAAUGACAAGCGCCAGAGAAUUGUUGGCCAAAGUGACCUGGUUGCAGACCAGGUCUCUUUAAAGGAUGAUGUCCCAAGUCAAUGGUCGUCGUCAACCAUGAUUCCUCCUCUGGAUAGGUCUUCAGAACUUGCUGGUGACCAGAAGCCAGAGGAGAGAGCGCUCACAAAUGAUGCCUCCCAUGUGGAUUGUAAAAAUAAAUGGCCCAGUCCACUAGUUGUCCCUACAGAGGAGAGUGUGGAGCAGAGAAGAGCUGGCAUUUCAGAGUCGUCUUUUUUGUGUUCUGGUAACUCAACAGUUGACACUAAAUCACCAGUGAGCUCUAAGACAACAGAUUCUCGAGCUGCGGUGAACACCACAGAGUCACUCUCACCAAAACAUAAAACAGACAGGUGCAGUUGCCAGUUGACUUAUGCAAGUUGUUUCCAUGGGCUAGACGAGGCAGAAUUAGAAUUCACCAAUCCAGUUGCACAUGGUCCUACUGAGGAGCCGUUAACAACCCCACCAACAACAAGAAGUUCGCCAUCUUUAGAUUUUAACUCCACAAGAUUUAUUCUAGAGCAUAACUAUGUGAAUGGCAACCCCAAAGACUGUAGAAAUCACGUCUUGCUUCCAGACUCUCAUAUUCAAGUGCUGAGCUGUUUAAAGGAUAGAACGUGUGCCUCACCUUUUGAUUUCCACCAGUUGCUAGAUAGUAUUAUAGACCUACAGGAAAUUUUGCGGCAGUUUGGGGGAAGCAGAAUAAAGCACCCUCGGGAUAAAUGUUUGGCCCAUUUUUCAGAAAACAAGGACACCUUGCACACAGAGUCACAAAGGCUGAUGUCCAGUUGCCAGAAAGUUAUCAAAGCACAUGGGCCUUCCUCGGAGACACAAAACGCCAUUCGGGAGACCUUCCAGAACCUUCUCCAACUGACUGAAGUGUGCUUUCAGUUCACAAACUGUGGCCUUUGCAGCAAAAGGCACAAAGACCUCAUAGUCAACCUGAGAGAUGUCGCGUACAGCUAUCGCCAGUUUGUCCAAGCAGCACAGCAAGCCUGGGAGAGGGGCUAUCCCAAUUUGAGCAUAAGACUCCUUGUGUGCCAGUACACUGCCCUCAGUGCAGCCCUCUUCUGCCUCGUGCAACAAUUCAGGGCCUCGUCUUGUGUAUGAGAUGGGAGGAUUUUGCACAGGUGCCUGUCCGACUUUCAACGGGGACUGACCUAGCCAAGUGUCUGCCCUUAAAAGCCCUCCUCCCAGUAAAGACAAGCUGAUACGUAACAGCUGGACUGAAGCAAGCAAUUGAACAGUCCCCCUCUCUAAUAGAUAUCAAUGCUCAUGGCUUAAAUGAGUUGAACUUGGCAGGAUUGCUCAGCCUUCAUGCAGAAUAGUAUUUUGGUGCAUGUCCAACUUGCUUUCCCCCCCAUGUGCCAUAGGUAAAGAACACAAGAGAUUCGUCUCUUUUGCGUGACUCAGGGUGUUUACAGCUGCAGUUAUAUGCAUGCAGUCUCCAGUGUCAAUUUGCCGCUAACCCAUAAUAGCUGAGAGAGAUUGCUGUCUGUCGCCUGGACUGAAGUACUGAGAACAUUGUAAAGUUAUGGUUUGGGUGUGCCAACCUGUACAGAUAUCAGCCAAGAUUGAGGGAAGCGCAUCAGACGAUUCCAUGCGCUUGGGUGAAAAUCAGGGCUUCUCAUGCUUAAGCAAUGCACACUGGGGUGGAUUUUCAAACAAAACAACACGCAGAGCAGAUAAUUAUCCAAUCCAAGUGGCUCCAGUGUAGGGGACAGAGUGCCUCAUUGUACCUAUUGGACUCCAACGCCCAGGGGUGCCAUCUUGGGCAGCUGAGCCC